AUGCUCGCUGCGCCGCGGCGCGGUGAAUUGGUUCCAAAUCCCUCUGGUAAAGUAGGUGUAUUUAGUGCAACCAGCUACUCAUGGGAGACCCACGAGGCAGAGACGGUAUGGCAGCUAAUGAAUCUGACAACUGGAGAAACCUCCCUGUUCUACAAAGGUUCCGACAUCUCGGAGAUUGUCUGGGUUGGACAGACCGAUACAAGCAUUCUCUACAUUAACGGUACCAACGAAGAAGAUAACGGUGGCAUCAGCCUGUAUGCUGGUGACGUAAAUGCCAUUGAUGAAGCGUAUCUGGUCGCAUCACUCCCAGCUCCAUAUUCUGGACUGAAGGCAGUUGCAACCUCCUCCGGGAAUGUAAACUUCCUCUUGAAUUGUCUAGCAUGGCCAAAUGGGACAGCUUAUAACGAGGCGUUGAUUGGGGAACCGCUGAGCACAGCCAGAAUCUACACCAGCAUCUAUGUCCGCCAUUGGGACGCUUGGCUUUCUGAAAGGAGAUACGCCGUCUUCGCCGGUACUCUGACCGGAGGCGACAGGUACGCUCUGCGUGGAGGCUUGAAGAACCUCGUGACAGGCCUUUCCAACGUUACUCGUGCCGAGAGUCCAGUUCAGCCAUUCGGUGAUUCUGGCGAUUACGAUAUCACCCCCGACGGAUCCAUGGUUGCUUUCUUGACCAAAAACAUCGAUCUGCCCUUGUCAAAUUACACAUCAUCUCAGAUUUAUCUCGUUCCUCACAAUGGCACUUCUCCAGCUGUACCGAUAAAUGCCUUUUCUGGGGCAACAACCCCCCCAAAUAGUAAAGGCGCUUCGGCAAAGCCGCUGUUUUCUCCAGAUGGUAGGAAGAUUGCAUUCUUCCAGAUGGAUGGCAUCUCGUACGAGUCUGACAGGAACAAAAUAUAUGUCGCAAAUGUCAAUACUAGGAACUUCAACAUCACCAACCUAGCAGCGAACUGGGAUAGCACUCCUGACCAACUCAGAUGGUCUGCUGACGGAGCCUCUCUCUUCGUCGCCGCACCUGACCUGGGUCACGGGCGUUUAUUCCAAGUGCCACUUACUACUGGAGCGGGUUUCAAGCCCACCAACAUCACAAACGCCGGCGUCGUGGCAUCAUUCUAUGUGUUGCCCAACGGUAAUCUGCUGAUAUCGGAUUCCAAGAUUUGGUCUUCCCGUGACUUCUACAUUAUUGGCCCUAAGGGAAGGCUUGUUGCCAAUCUCCUCCGGGCGAACCAGGUUGACCCUGAGCUCGCAGGCCUAGGUCCGGAAGAUGUGUCCGAAUUCUACACCAUGGGCAGCUUCACCCGAGUGCAGAGCUGGAUAAUCUAUCCCGAGGGAUUCGAUCGUACCAAGAAAUACCCGUUGGCGUUCAUCGUCCACGGUGGCCCCCAAGGUGGACACUAUAACUCUUGGAGCACCCGAUGGAAUUUCAAGGUGUGGGCGGAUCAAGGCUAUGUUGUUGUGGCACCGAAUCCAACCGGAAGCACUGGCUGGGGUAUGGCUUUCCAGGAUGCCAUCCAAGGCAACUGGGGGAGUUACCCGUAUGAGGAUCUGGUUGCCGUGUGGGACCAUGUUAAUAGCACAUUCGACUAUAUCGACACCAAGAACGGGAUCGAAGCCGGGGCCUCGUAUGGCGGCUACAUGACAAAUUGGAUCCAAGGUCAUGAUCUGGGCAGAAGAUUCAAGGCACUUGUCACACAUGAUGGCAUGGUAAACUCGGCUGCUUCCUACUCAACUGAGGAACUUUGGUUUAUGCAACACGAUAUGAACGGCACUCUUUGGACCAACCGACACGAAUAUGAUGAGUGGAAUCCAAUCAACUACGUCGACAAAUGGGCUACGCCACACUUCGUGGUGCACAAUGAGCUGGAUUAUAGAUUGCCCAUCGCGGAAGGAAUCACACUCUUCAACUUGUUGCAAGAGAGAGGUGUCCCGAGCAAGUUUUUGAGCUUCCCGGAUGAAAACCAUUGGGUCCUCAACAGGGAGAACAGUCUUGUUUGGCACAAGGAGAUUUUUGCAUGGAUCAACCACUAUUCAGGCAUUAGCAAAUCCGCCGAGUGA